AUGGCUUUCGAAAAUCGUCAACAAAGCAAGUUCGAUGCCAAAUUCAAAGCUAUGUUCGAAACCAAAGACGAGAAGUUCCAGAAACUUUUAGAAUGCUUAGAGCCGCUAUGCAAAAACCAGGUACAGCUCAAUGUACUGGCCAGUUUCUACGUUCGAUAUGAUGUAGCCAUUAAUGUUUUACAUGAAGAGACAAUUCUUGAGUUUUGUAGGAAAGAGGAUGCGAAACAUGGUUUAUACAAGUAUGUGGAAGGAUUGAUUGAAUUUCCGAUUUCGGCUAAUGAUGGAGAUUGUUGUGUUGGUAAGAAGAGGAAAGAUAUUGGAUCGGUUGUUGGUCAUGGUGAAGGAACAUCGUCUAAGAGAAAGAAAAGUCGUAGUACUCAUAAGAAGUAA